CUUUUCCCUGCCAACCCUCACCACUGAAUGCUCUCCGUGACCACCCAUACUCUUACAGUAAUCUCUACGUAAAGCCAUGGUCUCUGCUACCUUUCCAUUGCCUGGUGUUACCCACGGCAAACGUAUCUUAGCCACUGUCAUCGAGAACCGAGCCAAAGAUGGCACUAACACUAAUCCCUGGAUAUCGGUCCCCAUCAACGACCAGGAUCUUUCCGCGGGGUACCGGGACAUCACUUUCCAGCAGCUGAACAACGCAGCAAACCACGCAGUCCAGUGGCUAAGUCAGGCUCUUCCAACGACGUCCGAGCCUUUUCAAUGUUUUGCAUAUGCCGGUCCCAAGGAUCUGCGGUAUGCGAUUCUGGCAGUAGCCGUGGCAAAACUGCAGAAAGUGAUGGUGCUUCCUUCGCCGCUGAUUACACCGGAGGCUCAGCUGCGCAUCCUGGAAAAGAAAAACUGUAAAUUGUAUCUCAGGCCAGCGGAAAUGGCUGGUCCUGUAGGUACUAUUUUACAAAAGGCACCUCAUAUUGAAAGUAUCACGGUCCCAGGAAUUGAGGAGUUUCUCAGAGAGGAUGAAGCAUCACCAGUUGUUUAUAGUAAGACAUGGGAUGAAGGAAAAGACGAUCCUUGGCUGGUGUUCCAUACCUCAGGCACAACAGGAAAUCCCAAGCCAAUCACAUAUACACAUCAAAUGAUGGCUGGUGCCGAUACCGCGGCUUCUUUGCCGGACAUCGAAGAAACUCAUAUUCAUCAAUACGCCCAGCGGAGGUGGUACACCCCUUUGCCCUCGCUACACUUUGUUGGCAUGUUGAUGAGUCUUGCCAUGACUGGAUUCGUGAAUAUGACAUCCGUUAUUGGGCCUCCAGCUCCUCCUACCCCCAAACUACUGAUAGACAUUUUUCGCUACGGCCGGAUAGACGGUGCACUUCUCAUGCCCGCUCUAAUUGACCAACUCUGCCUCCUCCCCGAAGGCAUCGAAGCGCUACGAGAGCUAAAAUACAUUCACUAUGCCGGUGCUCCCCUUUCUGCUAAAUCGGGAAAUCUACUCUCACCGUACACUCAGGUUGUUCCGUGUGUGGGCAGCACCGAAGCAGGCGGGUACUUUACAACUAUCCACCAAAACAAGGAUGCAUGGGAUUACCUCUCCUUCCAGAAACAUUCCGGGGCAGAAUUCGAACACCGCAUGAAUGACCUGUACGAGCUCGUAUUUGUGCGUCGUCCUGAAUGUGCAAUGCAGCAGAUCUUCCAAGUGUAUCCAGAUCGCGAAACAUUCGGAACCGAUGAUCUAUGGAUCGAGCAUCCGAUGCACAAAGGGCUAUGGAAGAUCAUUGGCCGCAGCGAUGAUUACGUAUAUCUUGCCCAUGGCGAUGGACUGCAUGCUUCGCUUCUGGAACCAGAGAUCAUCGCCCACCCGAGCGUGAAGUCGGCGAUAAUUGGAGGUCAUGGGCAGAUCUCACCAGUUCUUCUGGUAGAGUUAAUUCCUGAGGUGGAGUUAGACGAUACAGCUUUGAGGGAAAGCCUAAAGCCCUAUAUUGAGAAGGUCAAUGUACAUUGUCAUGACUGUGUGAAGCUAUCUUCGGAGCGGUUGAUCUUCGCCACGAAGGACAAGCCUUUUGUCUUGACAGUUAAAGGGAGCGUGGCGAGGCAGCAGACUUUGGCUCUCUAUGAGAAAGAAAUCGCAUCCUUAUUCGCUUGAGGAAAAGCACACGUUAGGAUAUUUUCAAGAAUUUAGUGAGCAACAUUCUUCAUAAAUAAUAGUGUCUCCUUUAGAUGUCGCUGCUCCAGGAUACC